AGAACUAGAGAUAUGAACAUCACUGUGUCGUAGCAGGUCAUUCAGCAGUGUCAUUCCACAGAAGACAACGACAGAUGAUUACCAGUCCUGAUGUUCUGACUGACCAACUCUGCCAGAAGACACACCAUUGAAGACAAGUGCUGAAUGAAACCAGAAAAAGUAAGACUUCUGGUGCCUGUAUGAGAGGCCCUGGUCCAUGAGAGGAUCAUGGACUUUCAUCUCUACCUGUGGAUGGUGCUCCUCCUCUCCACAUGGUACCCAACUGGACAUGCUGUGUACAGUAGCCCUCCUGAAGUAGUGAUUCCCUUGAGGAUCAAUGACACUAGUAGACACGAUACUUCCCCAGACAGGCUGUCCUAUAGCCUGCAUAUUGGAGGAGAGAGACACAUUAUUACCAUGAAGCCCACAAAAUACUUCAUAUCCAGAAACUUCCUACUGUUCACCUACACUGACCAAGGUGAUCUCUUUGCAGAACAGCCUUUUGUGCAGACUGACUGCUACUACCAGGGCAAUGUAGAUGGAGACCCAGAUUCCAUGGUGAUUAUUAAUACCUGUUUGGGGAGUUUGCAAGGCAUGCUAGAGAUAAAUGGCACAGCUUAUGAAAUCAUGCCCAAGAAGUCAACUUCCACAUUUGAACACCUUGCUUACAAAAUGGACAGUGAGGACUCAGAAUCAUUUUCUAUAAGAUGUGGGUUAACAGAAGCGGAAAUAGCUCGACAAAUUAAGAUUCAAGAAAGCAAAUACCCCAUGCUUAUGCAAAGCCAAUAUGAGAACUGGUGGACCCAUCACAAAUAUCUUGAAUAUUAUGUGGUGAUUGAUAACCAACGAUAUGUUUAUAGAGCAAGUAAUGUCACAGUUUGUAUGCAGGAAAUGUUGCAAAUAGUCAAUGGAAUAAAUGGUUAUUAUCGUCAGAUAGAUGUUGAGGUGAUUUUAACUACACUGGAAGUUUGGACUCAAAGAAACCAUGUCAAUGUAACAAGAAAUGUAAAUAGAGUCCUAUCUGAUUUCUGCAGUUGGAAGGCAAGAAACAUUGACAGACGCGUUAGAAAUGAUCUUGCACAUCUUUAUGCCAGGCAAGUAUAUCCUGGCGUGUUGGGGCUAGCUUAUGUAGGUACAAUUUGCGAAAGGAAUGGCUGUGCAGUGAACAGUUACAUGACAAAUUCUAUAAAAGAUAUUGCAUUCAUUGUAGCACAUGAGAUGGGUCAUAAUUUGGGUAUGUCUCAUGAUGAAAAAUACUGUACUUGUGGGACAAGUAAGUGCAUAAUGGCCCCAUACAAAUCUGAUUCCCUUAAAUUCAGUAACUGCAGUUAUGGUUAUCUGUAUGGAAAGAUUACCAGAAAAUCUUGUUUACACAAUUAUCCAGACACAGUAGUCAGAAUGAAUGCAACCCUGCCCGGUCCAGCCCAGUGUGGAAAUAAUAUAGUUGAAGAUGGAGAGCAAUGUGACUGUGGGUCCCCCAAAUUAUGUGUAAAUAACCCAUGCUGUACGGAAGACUGUGUGUUCAAAACUGGUGCUGAAUGUGCUUCUGGGUUUUGUUGCAAAGAUUGCAAGUUCAUACCAACAGGCACAGUGUGUAGAGAAAAGAAAAAUGACUGUGACCUUCCAGAGUGGUGCAAUGGAACGUCACCUGAGUGUCCAGAAGAUGUGUACGUGGCAGAUGGAAGCCCAUGCAGGGGUAGUGGUUAUUGCUAUAAUAUGUCAUGUCUUAAACGUGAAGAACACUGCUGGAGGCUUUUCGGCAAGAAAGCCAAGAGUGCAAAGGAGAUUUGCUACAAGGAAAUGAACAAACGGGGUGACCGUUUUGGUAACUGUGGUAAUGACAGCUUCAACUACAGAAGAUGUGCUGAUGCUGAUGUACUCUGUGGACGAAUUCAGUGUGACAAUGUACAACAGAUUCCAAAUAGGAGCAGCCAUGAGACAGUGCUUUGGACUCACUUCAUGCAUGAAACCUGCUGGAGUAUAGACUUUCAUUUUGGAAUGACAAUAGAGGACAGUGGAGCAGUGAGAGAUGGAACACCUUGUGGUCAAAGUAAAAUAUGCAUUAAGAGGAAGUGUGUCCCUCGGUCUAUUUUGUUUAAUAACUGUACAGUAUACUAUUGCAAUAUGAAUGGAGUCUGUAACAAUAAACGUCACUGCCAUUGUAAUGCCAAAUGGGAGCCACCAGACUGUAAUCUAACUGGCUUUGGAGGUAGUAUAGACAGUGGACCACCUCCAAGGAUAUAUUUUAAGAAGAAGCCCAAGGAGAGUCAGUUCACACUAGUUUUUUCAAUUCUUUUUUUGGCUUUGUUAUUUUCCUUGAUUUUCCUAAUUACAAAAGUAAAAUCACACCACAAACUCGAAGUAGAAGAAACACCAGGACCUGAACUUGGACCUGAACCUGGACCUGGACCUGAAACUGAACCUGGACCUGAACCUGAACCUGGACCUCAAUCUAAACCUGAACCUGAGCCUAAACCUCAAUCUAAACAUGGACAUGGGGACACAAAAAUCAAAAAACAAAAGAAGAAAUAAAUGUUUGCUCUUUAGAAAAUUCAUCAUGUAUUAGUGUGUAGACUUCAGAACACAGAAAUGUCUCUCUGUGUGUAAAAAAUUCCCAGACCAGAAAUUCUGGAGUCCUCCUUCUUUGAAGAUCAAAACCAUCCACCACCAAAUAAAAGGAUGU